AAAGGGGAGGGAUAGCAGGCUUCGGUGUUGCCAUGCGUACAGGGGGAACAAACCCCCAAAAUUUCAGUUAUAAGCUUAGUCGGUGUAUGUGGACGCAGCCAGGGCCUUAAGAGACAUCCUGGGAUUUUUUUCUCUUUAUCACUAUUUUGUCGAUACCCCCCACAUUUUUGUUCUUCUACCUCUGAACCGUCCAAAGGUCUGAGCGCAGUCUGGGUUUUAGUUGCGUGCUGCCUUGACUUUUACAACUUCUAAUUUCACUCCUCCCCCCGUGAAGCAAUUGGUGGUGGUGGUGCAAGCAAGUCACUGUGCACCGCAGGGGCUCUGAAAAAGUUAACCAGCUUAGCUGAAAGAAGACAGUGUGACAUGGCAGCCAAGCGGAUGCAGCUGCUAACACCCAGGAACGUCGGGCUUUUAAGCCGCGGGCGAAGCGAGCUGUUCGCCCGCAGCGGCGGCGGUGGUCCUCCCACGGUCCACUCACUGACCUCUCCCCCUCUGUCCUCCUCCUAUCCCGGCAGAGCUUUAUCGAGUCUGAGUGCGACGCGACGCGGGCUCCCCAAAGAGAAAAUGACCGAGAAUGGAGUAUCGUCCAGGGCCAAGGUGUUGACCAUCGACACCAUGAACCCCACGGUGAAGAAGGUGGAGUACGCAGUGCGGGGGCCCAUCGUGCAGCGGGCCGUGGAGCUGGAGAGGGAGCUCUCUGAGGGAAUGAAGAAGCCUUUUGCUGAGGUCAUCAAGGCCAACAUUGGUGAUGCUCAUGCUAUGGGACAGCAGCCAAUCACCUUCUUCCGACAGGUCCUGGCGCUCUGCUCUUACCCUGAGCUGCUAAAUGACAACACAUUCCCAGAGGAUGCUAAAAGUAGAGCACGCCGCAUUCUCCAGUCCUGUGGAGGGCACAGUAUAGGCUCCUACAGCGCCAGUCAGGGCAUAGACUCUGUGCGUCGGGACGUGGCCCACUACAUUGAGCGAAGGGAUGGUGGUGUGCCCUGUGACCCAGACAACAUUUACCUCACCACAGGGGCCAGCGACGGCAUUGUGACCAUGCUGAAGCUGCUGGUGUGUGGCGAGGGUCUGACCCGGACAGGGGUCAUGAUCUCCAUACCUCAGUAUCCCCUGUACUCGGCUGCGCUGGCCGAACUGGGCGCCGUGCAGAUCAACUAUUACCUGAAUGAGGAGAAGUGCUGGAGUCUGGACAUCAGCGAGCUGCAGCGCACCCUGGAUGAGGCCAGGCGCCACUGCAACCCCCGAGCCCUGUGCAUCAUCAACCCUGGAAACCCCACCGGUCAGGUUCAGAGCAGACAGUGCAUUGAGGAUGUAAUCCGAUUUGCAGCGAAGGAACGUCUCUUCCUCAUGGCUGAUGAGGUGUACCAGGACAAUGUGUAUGCUGAGGGCUGCCAGUUCCACUCGUUUAAGAAGGUCCUGUUUGAGAUGGGGCCAGAGUACUCAAAUACAGUGGAGCUGGCGUCUUUCCACUCCACCUCGAAAUGUUACAUGGGAGAGUGUGGCUUCCGUGGAGGCUACAUGGAGAUCAUCAACAUGGACGAGGAGGUGAAGGCCCAGCUGACCAAGCUGGUGUCUGUCCGUCUGUGUCCUCCUGUUCCUGGACAGGCUCUGAUGGACCUGGUGGUCAACCCUCCGCAGCCUGGGGAGCCCUCGUAUGACAGCUUCAUCAAGGAGCGCACGGCCACAUUAAGUGCCUUAGCAGAGAAGGCCAAGCUCACAGAGCAGGUUCUCAACUCUGUGCCGGGCAUCAGCUGCAAUCCUGUGCAGGGUGCCAUGUACUCGUUCCCUUGCAUAACCAUCCCUGAAAAGGCCAUCAAAGAGGCCACGGACAAAGGUCAGCAGCCAGACAUGUUUUACUGCAUGAAGAUGCUGGAGGAGACGGGGAUCUGCCUCGUUCCUGGAAGCGGCUUCGGCCAGAAAGAUGGAACCUACCACUUCAGAAUGACCAUCUUGCCACCGAAAGACAAGCUGAAUAUCCUGCUGAACAAAGUCAAGGAUUUCCACCAGAAAUUCACACAGCAGUAUUCUUAAAUUUCCACAUCUCUAGUUCUCAUGAGGAGGAGCUCACAGUCCACAACAAAAAAGAAAUCAGCCAAUCAGUAUUUAAACGCCAAUAUUAAGUGCCUUACCUGCGGCAGCUCCGGUGGUCUCUGUGAUGACGCACUUCAACCUCUACAGCCAUCUCAUUCGGACAUACGCAGGCGGUGAACGAGGGACUGUUUUGUGUACAAAACAAAACUGGGGAGGAAAUAAUUCACAGAUGUGUGCCAGCUUGGUACAGAAAAGUGUGUGUGUGUGUGUGUGGUUUCAGCUUUGAAGGGUGUACAGUAUGUACUGCAGGUCUGUGUAUUUGUGAAUAUCAAGCUAAAAGCAGGCACAGUUGAAGGUAAAGUAACGCUGCUUAUGAUCUUGAAUAUGUGUUUAACUGGUUGAAAUAUUUCAUUCCUGUAGGCGGUAUUUGACACGGAGGAUAUGCAGAAAAGUCCCUUUUUGCAUGAUGAUUCAGAGAUGAUUUUGUAGAAUCAAAUUAAAUGUAAUCUAUAAUCUA